GAGAGGGAAGCCGCCGAGCUGUGGCGCGCGCGGGGGGCUCCUCGGAAGGCGCCAUGAUGCUGCGUGGGGCGCCUGAGGGCCAGGCCACGGCGGUCACCAGGCCCCUGUCCACGGCUUCUGUGCUUUGCCAAGUUGAGCCUGUGGGACGAUGGUUUGAAGCAUUUAUUAAGAGGAGAAACAUGCAUGUUUCUGCCUCUUUCCAGGAGCUGGAGGAUGAGAAAGAACUAUCUGAAGAGUCAGGAGAUGAAGAAUUACAGCUGGAAGAAUUUCCUUUGUUAAAAACACUUGAUCCAAAGGACUGGAAGAAUCAGGACCACUACUUGGUUCUUGGACUGGGGCAUAUGAGAUACAAGGCCUCUCAGAAACAAAUCAAAGCAGCUCAUAAAGCCAUGGUGUUGAAACACCAUCCAGACAAGCGAAAAGCAGCAGGGGAACAGAUAGGUGAAGGAGACAAUGACUACUUUACCUGUAUAACAAAAGCCUACGAAAUUUUAUCAGAUCCUGUGAAAAGGCGAGCUUUUAACAGUGUAGAUCCUACUUUUGAUAACACCGUUCCUUCUAAAAGUGAAGCAAAAGAAAAUUUCUUUGAGGUUUUUUCACCAGUCUUUGGAAGAAAUGCCAGGUGGUCAAACGUAAAAAAUGUACCAAAGCUUGGAGAUGCAAACUCAUCAUUUGAAGAGGUAGAUGCUUUUUAUUCGUUUUGGUAUAAUUUUGAUUCUUGGAGAGAGUUCUCCUACUUAGACGAGGAAGAAAAAGAAAAAGCAGAAUGUCGAGAUGAGAGGAGGUGGAUUGAAAAGCAGAACAGAGCAACUAGAGCGCAAAGAAAAAAGGAAGAGAUGAACAGAAUAAGGACACUCAUCGACACUGCAUAUAGCUGUGAUCCUAGAAUAAAGAAAUUCAAGGAAGAAGAAAAGGCAAAGAAGGAAGCAGAAAAGAAAGCAAAGGUAGAUGCAAAACGAAAAGAACAGGAGGAAAAAGAGAAGCAAAGGCAAGCAGAAUUGGAAGCAGCCCGGUUAGCUAAGGAGAAAGAAGAGGAAGAAACUAGACAACAAGCACUGCUGAUGAAGAAAGAGAAGGACAUACAGAAAAAAGCAGUUAAAAAGGAAAGGCAAAAGCUGCGAACCAUGUGCAAGAACUGGAAUUACUUUUCUGACAACGAGGCAGAGUGUGUUAAGAUGAUGGAGGAAGUGGAAAAGCUUUGUGAUCAUCUGGAGUUGGCAAGUCUGCAGUGCUUGAAUGAAGCACUUACCUCCACAACAAGGGAAGAAGGAAAGGCUGCUGUAGAAAAACAGAUAGAAGAAGUAAAUGAGCAGAUGAGAAAAGAGAGAGAAGAAGCAGAUGCUCGUUUGCGACAAGCAACAAAAAGUUCUGAGAAAUCAACAAGUGGAGUUGGUGGUGGAAGUAAGAACUGGUCAGAAGAUGACUUGCAGUUGCUAAUUAAAGCUGUGAACCUCUUCCCUGCAGGGACUAACUCAAGGUGGGAGGUUAUUGCCAAUUAUAUGAAUUUGCACUCUACUACUGGAAUAAAGCGAACAGCAAAAGACGUUAUCAACAAAGCAAAGAGCCUACAGAAACUUGACCCUCAUCAGAAGGAUGACAUCAACAAAAAAGCUUUUGAUAAAUUUAAAAAAGAGCAUGGUGUUGUGUCCCAGACAGAGAUUGCUGCACCAUCCCAACGAUUUGAAGUACCACUUACAGACUCCUCUCCUUGGACCACAGAAGAGCAAAAACUUUUAGAACAAGCUUUGAAGACCUAUCCAGUGAAUACUCCUGAAAGGUGGGAGAAAAUAGCAGCUUCUGUCCCAGGCCGAUCUAAAAAAGACUGCAUGAAGCGCUAUAAGGAACUUGUUGAAAUGGUGAAAGCAAAGAAAGCUGCCCAAGAGCAAGUACUGAAUGCUGCUAAAACUAAGAAAUGAGAUUCUUAAUGACAAUCUUAAUGUGUUUUGUUUUAUAAUAAAAAUGCAAAUACAA